CCUACCUAAAAUACGUCCACCCGACUUCUCUUAUUUCUGCCACAAAGUACCCCGGACUUUUUUCGUCGUCCUGCCCAGUUUCCUGGCAGGAUUGCGUUCACGCGGCGACCAAAGGCAUGCACGCGACACUUCCAACGCCCUCCCCAUCAACACCCGCCAACUCUGGCCUCUAAAUCGUCGUCGCAUCCACCGACAUACCUGAUUCUUCACCAUGGCUUUCAAUUUCAACUGGUCGCCGCUCAUCGCGGACACCUCGCGAGCGCGCGACAUGUUGACCACUGCGCUAAAUAAAUCCCCUAAGCCGCCGAUCAUCGUUGACGACAUCAUCGUCACAGAACUCAACCUGGGAACCACGCCGCCCGAAUUGGAAAUACUAGAGAUUGGAGAUUUGGCCGAGGACAGGUUCAGAGGAAUUUUCAAAAUGUCGUAUGCUGGCGAUGCUUUUUUAACGCUCAAGACAAAGGUUCAGGCAAAUCCGCUCAACACACUGCUGUCCACGAGACCAAGCUUCGCGUCGCCAGAGCCUUUGGCCGCCGCCGAAGGUCUGACAAUACCGCUCGCCAUCACGCUAUCCGACAUUCGAUUAUCAGGUUUCGUCAUUUUGGUCUUCUCGAAGCAAAAGGGCUUGACUCUGGUCUUCCGCAACGACCCUCUCGAAUCCCUAAAGGUCUCGUCUACGUUCGACUCGAUCCCUUUCGUCCGCGAUUACUUGCAGAAGGAAAUCGAGAAGCAGCUUCGCGUUCUCUUCAUGGACGACCUCCCGGCCAUCAUCCAUCGAUUAUCCCACCGCCUCCUCGAUCCCGAAUACCAGCAAGUCGACGAUGCAGAGAAGAGGUUGGACGACGCGAAUGAUAAAUCAGCACGUAUUGAUCCCCUGGCCACGCCUCCUCAGGACGCUGUAGACGCGUUUGGCAAUCUCCUGGACCUGUCACACAUUUCCGAUCUUUCCCUCGAACCAUCAGAAAUUCACGCGUCAUUCUCGCAGAAGAACAUCCUGCGCCUCGCUGCACUAUCCGAGUCGCAGCGCACCCUCUCGCUUUUCACGCCAGGCAUUCGCGAAGCAGUCUUCCGUGCCUGGGCCAGCCACUCCGACCAGAACAGCCCCGGUUCCUCGACACCUGCACUCACCCAAUCGAGUCUAUCAAGAAUACAAUCUACAUUUGGUAGCUUGAAAUCGCACAGCUCAUCCGUGGCAUCAGAUAGCACAGGAAACGAGACGCUUAGCUCCAGGCCCACGAUGACGUCGUACUCUUCCGCACCAGCGGGUCUUUCCCUUGGCGCCAAUCGCUCACGAACGUCGAACAUGCGAAAGCGAAAGAAGCGAGUGGUCAAUCUACGCAAGGAUAAAGAUGGCGCCGAGUCGUCUGAGGUUUCUACGGAAGCAAACACGCCCUUGCAUAGUACGAACGUUUCGGAGACUGCGAGCGAUUUCCCGGAGAGCGUACCGGAAGAGAGAGAGCUGGAAGAGGAACUGGCAACACCACCCAAGACCCCAGAGAGGCGCACACUGAACAGACGUUCAAGCUUCGAACUCGCCGAGGCAGCUCCAAUUUCCGAGAAGAGCCCUGUCGAGCCUUUGUUGCCCGCGGCACCCAUACUGGCCGAUGCACCCAAGUUUACCAAACCCAAGCAGAAGUCGAAAGCGGAGGAGGCAGCGCACGAAAGGAAGCGCUCCUACUCGAGCAGAACGCCACUCCGCAGCAGUCAUCUCCGCCCUCCACAGCAAGCAACCUCACCCCUCCUCCGAUCAUUGUCGUUCGACAAAGUCUCGACCUUGUCCUCCGUGCUGCCUCCCAUGUCACCUCCUCAGAUGGAGAGCUCCGCUUCCUCUUCCUCCGGCGGCAUUCUUGAGCAAGCUUGGAUGCUCAAGAUGGCGCAGGAGAUUGCCCGCAAGGUGCAAGAAGAGAAGGAUCGUGAGGCAGACCGAGAGCGCGAGUUCAAUCGCGCCACGCAGCCACAGACCACGUCAAAGGCGGCCGAAGGGAUGUGGGCUUCAUCGCAUGAAGAGCUCGAUGCUCCUCCAUCGUACCAAGCCUCCAUCUAAAGGGGACUCGACAACACUACUCUUUUUUUCUUUCUUCUUUUUUCAUCAUGACCUUAUGCAUAUAUGACGGCGUUUCAAACCAAAAGGACAAAUCUCCACACCCACUCUGUUCUCUCAUUAGGCUUCCCCUCUGCGUGGGGACCGACCAUUAUGGUAAUCCUUGUUUCCUUGUUUUCGUCUUGGGGGCGGCUUCGUAUCUUCUUUCACACUCUCCUCAUUCUGGUCAUCGCUUUUCCUUUGUUUUGUCUUAUCCGUUGUUGUUGCCAUCGAGCACACACACACCUACCAUUCUCGCUCACCUUGUUGCUUCCAUCUUCGCGUCGCAUACCACACACGCACCAGAAAUA